AAGGGAGAGAAUUAAAAGAUUCACACCCACAAAGCCCUUCCUAAGAAGAUGCACAACCCAGGAUUCUGAUCUCCCUCCUGUGUCAGAAAGGAGAGAACUUUCGGUGUAAAAACCGGAAAAAUCACGAAUGGGUAGGGACGAUAGUGUAGAGAGUGGAUACGGCUUCGAGGACGAGCCCAAGGACAAGAUGCGUGCCAAGAAGGAAGAGGAGGAAGAGAUGGUGAUGUCGGUGGAGAGGGUGUUCGAGAGCAAGGAGGUCCCUUCAUGGAGGCAACAACUGACGGUGAGGGCCUUCGUGGUGAGCCUCGUGCUCAGCGUCUUGUUCAGCUUCAUCGUGAUGAAGCUGAACCUGACGACUGGGAUUAUCCCGUCCUUGAACGUGUCUGCUGGGCUUCUGGGCUUCUUCUUCAUCAAGACUUGGACCAAAGUGCUGGAGAAGUCCGGGAUGUUGCAGGUCCCCUUCACGAGGCAAGAGAACACUGUGAUCCAGACCUGUGUUGUCGCCUCGGCUGGGAUCACCUUCAGCGGAGGUUUUGGAAGCUACUUGUUUGCAAUGAGCGGACGCAUCGCAAACCAGUCGGGGAGCGCCCCCGGUACAAAUGACUACAAGGACCCGUCAUUAGGCUGGAUUAUCGGCUUCCUCUUGAUCGUCAGUUUUGUGGGGCUCAUGGCAGUGGUGCCUCUCAGGAAGAUCAUGAUCAUUGAUUUCAAAUUGACAUAUCCAAGUGGUACUGCGACUGCUCAUCUUAUCAACAGUUUCCACACCCCUGAAGGAGCCAAGCAAGCUAAGAAACAAGUGAGAGCACUGGGCAAAUUCUUUUCAUUCAGUUUCUUCUGGGGAUUCUUCCAAUGGUUCUACACUGCUGCAGAUGGCUGUGGGUUUGCAAACUUUCCAACGUUGGGUCUGAAAGCUUUUGAGAACAGGUUCUACUUUGAUUUUUCUGCAACGUACGUUGGUGUCGGGAUGAUCUGCCCCUACAUCAUUAACAUAUCGGUGCUUCUUGGGGGAAUACUGUCUUGGGGCUUGAUGUGGCCUCUUAUUGGGAAAAAAGAGGGUGACUGGUAUUCCGCUCACCUGAAACCAAGCGACACGCACGGCCUUCAAGGUUACAAGGUAUUCAUAUCCAUCGCCAUGAUCCUCGGCGAUGGCCUCUACAACUUCUGUAAAGUGUUCAGCCGGACCAUCUUGGGUUUGUAUCAUCAAGUCCGGGGAAAAAACAAUCUACCGAGGGUCGUGAACGGUUCUGCCACCGAGUCCGGUCAACUCUCCUUUGAUGACCAACGUCGAACGAGCGUCUUCCUCAAGGACCAAAUCCCCACGAGUUUCGCCCUCGGAGGCUACAUCGUGAUCGCGAUAAUCUCUAUCAUAUCUCUCCCUCACAUAUUCCACCAGCUCAAGUGGUACCACAUAUUGAUCAUGUACCUUGCGGCCCCCGCCUUGGCCUUCUGCAAUGCGUAUGGGUGCGGGCUCACAGAUUGGUCCCUCGCAUCGACCUAUGGGAAGCUCGCCAUUUUCGUGGUUGGGUCGUGGGCCGGCGCGUCCCACAGCGGGGUCCUCGCCGGCCUUGCCGCUUGCGGGGUCAUGAUGAACAUCGUCUCCACAGCGUCCGACCUGACUCAGGAUUUCAAGACUGGAUAUCUGACCCUAGCUUCCCCUCGGUCCAUGUUUGUGAGUCAGGUGAUCGGAACAGCGAUGGGCUGUGUCAUAUCUCCAUGUGUCUUCUGGCUGUUCUACAAGGCAUUCAAGGACCUAGGUCUUCCUACUAGCGCGUAUCCCGCCCCUUAUGCCAACAUCUACCGAAACAUGGCCAUCUUAGGAGUGGAGGGAUUUUCGUCAUUGCCCAAACACUGUCUCUCUCUCUGCUACGGAUUCUUCGCGGCCUCAAUAGUCAUAAACGCGGUCAGGGACUCAGUCCCCAAGAAGUACUCCAGGUUCAUCCCGCUUCCAAUGGCCAUGGCAAUACCGUUUUACCUGGGAUCGUAUUUCGCUAUCGACAUGUGCAUCGGAAGCCUGAUUGUGUACUUGUGGGAGAGGAGCAACAAGACCAAGGCCGAUGCGUUUGUACCGGCAGUCGCCUCAGGACUGAUUUGCGGGGAAGGGAUAUGGAGUCUGCCAAGCUCCAUACUCGCCCUUGCGGGCGUGAAGCCGCCGAUUUGCAUGAAGUUCUUGUCGAGGGCGGAGUUGAAGGAUUCCUGAAAGGCUCAUAAUGUCUAUAUGAAUGUUCCAGUUUACUUUAUUUUCUCAAUGUAGUUGGACGGAAUUUUAGAAUCUCGAAAGUCUGGUUCUGGAUUGAAGAGAAUAAAGACGUAGUGAUCAAUAU